CUUUCAGAUGAGAGGCCUUUCCUUCGUUGGUAAAAAGAAAUCCCAGGGAGACAUUUGCAGCGAGUAGGUUGCGGAGGGUCACGUCUUGGCUUUGGCGUAGCUGUUUCAGAAAUUCAUUUUUAACUAAAGUUUGCUUCUCUCUCUGAGAAAUGAUACCCAGGAAUUUGUACACUUGAUAAGUUUCAGUGUGGACAUUGAAUAAAGCAAAGGCCAUGAGACUGAGGGAGAUCCCAAAGAGUGAAGAAAGGCAAAUCUUAUCUUCAUAAAGGGCAAGAAGGACAAGCAAGAGAACUACAGACUGUUCAGCCUCAUUCCUUCCUCCUGUGAAAGGAUCGUGGAAGAAGCCAUUUGUGGCAAAAGAAGACACAACUAUGGCUGCUACAGUGAACUUGGAGCUGGAUCCCAUUUUUCUGAAAGCCCUGGGCUUUUUGCACUCAAAGAGUAAGGACUCUGCUGAAAAGCUGAAAGCACUUCUUGACGAGUCGUUGGCCAGAGGAACUGACUCGAGCUAUCGUCCCUCUCAGAAGGAAGUAGAGCAACCAAAAGUAUCUGUCACCAAACCCAUUAAGCAAGAGCCUAAAGCUUCAUCCAGUUUGCCUUCUGGCAACAACAAUGGGAAGCCCACUGCAUCAGAAAAGGUGAAAAAAGAAACCGAAAAGAGAUCUGCAGACAAAACAAAAGGGGAUCCUACUGAAGGAGCUGAUGCACCAAAGAAGCCCAGGGUAGAGAAGCAAGAGGCUCGUUCCUCUCCUAUUACAGUUCAGACAAGCAAGGAUUUAUCCAUGCCUGAUUUAUCUAGCUUUGAGGAAACCAGUGCUGAUGACUUUGCUAUGGAAAUGGGAUUAGCCUGUGUUGUUUGCAGGCAAAUGACAGUUACUUUUGUGAAUCAGCUAGUGGAGUGUCAGGAGUGCCAUAAUCUCUACCACCAGGAUUGCCAUAAACCUCAGGUGACAGACAAGGAAGUGAAUGAUCCUCGACUUGUCUGGUAUUGUGCCCGCUGUACCAGGCAGAUGAAGAGAAUGGCUCAGAAGACACAAAAACCACCUCAAAAACCAGCUCCUGCAGUGGUUUCAGUUGCACCAGCUUUGAAGGAUCCAUUGGUCAAGAAACCAGAAAUCAAGUUAAAACCUGAGACCCCACCAGCUUUUCUGGCAUUCAAGAGAACAGAAGUCAAGACCUCAGCAGCAGUUUCGGGGAACUCUGCCAGUACAAGUGUUUCCUCCUCAGCAACGAGUGGCCUUACAGGAUGGGCUGCUUUUGCAGCCAAAACCUCCUCUGCCAACCCAUCAACUGCCAAACUGGGAUCGACAGCGCAGAGUGCCAGCGGGAAACCUGCAGCUUCUUCAAAUAACCAGAAACCCGUGGGUUUGUCAGGGCUGGCGACUUCAAAGACAGGACUGGGGGCCAAAAUAGCUUCUGCCAACAACAGCACAAACCCCGUUCAGCUGAAGCCUCCUCCGCCGCUGACCCUGGGGAAGACGACGCUGAGCCGCUCGGUGAGCAGCGACAACGUGAGCAAGGCGGGGCUGCCCAGCCCCAGCAGCGCCGCCCCCAGCACCGGCGGCCAGGCCGGCGGCGGCAACGGCGGCAGCGGCACCGCGGGCAGCAGCGCGGGCGGCGCCGGCAAAGCCGCGGCUGACACCGGCAACCAGCCGGCGCCCCUGAAGGGCCCGACCUCGCAGGAGUCCCAGCUCAACGCCAUGAAAAGGCUACAAAUGGUCAAGAAGAAGGCUGCUCAAAAGAAGCUCAAGAAAUAGUCAGGCUGCUUGCUGAUGUUGUUGGUUGUGUGCAGUGAGACAGCAGCGUCGGUGUUUUACUUAAAGGAAAUCUCCCAGGUACUGGACUGAAAGAGGUUAAAUCAGGGAAGCCCAAACUCUAUGUUAUACAGAAGGUCAAACUUUAAUAAUUCUGAUAUUCCUUCUGCCUUUCCAAAUCUGUGAAUUUAAUGUUAGACGAAUUCAUUAUUACAUGCUCCUGGUUUUGUAGCUCAGAGCACUGAAACUUGAAAUUGUAGAUGUCAGGUAUUUUUUAAUAUUAAAACCCCCACAUUUGUGUAGAUACUUAAUAAAUUGAACUUGGUAAACCAUCAUUCUUAGAUGUUAAUAAUAAAAGGAUUAUUAAUCUGGGAAGUCAUUGCCACUCUUCUUUCGCCCCAUAUUCUAAUACUUAAAAUGCUUCAGAUGUUCAACAUUGUGCAGUUUAUUACCUCAAAUUAUAAAGCUUGUUAGAGGAAAAAAUACUUUAAUUUUAAAAUUUAACUGUUCAACAACAGUGUAUUUAAAUUGAAAUUUUUGGUUUGGUAGUUUGCUAAAUUGGCUUGUUUUGGUUUUAUACAGUGAGAAACUUCAAAUAAAAAGAACAGAAGAGAG